UAUCGAUUUGUUUCUGUGCAUUAUGUUAAACAAAUUGCCCUAUAGAAGAGUUGACACGGUAUACAAUAAACUCCUAUCUAAGAUUGUAUCAAAAUCUGUCUACACCUCAUAGAGUGGGAUACGAUGUUCAAUAUAUAUAGGUGUUAAAUCGUCACAUUAUUUCCAUUUUAAACGCCUCAGCUAGAGGGUUGAAUGGCUCUUAUGUGUUGGGAAUAUCUGUGUCGCAAAUAAAAAAUCUUCACAGGGAAUAUCGACAUGUUUAUAACUUCCGUGCUGAACUACCCUAGCAACAAUAAGACAUCCGCAUCAUGCCUGGAUUCUAUAGUUGAAAAUGUUGUGUAACAAUCACAACAAUGAAAAACGUCAUCUCCAAGACAUUUUCAAAGUAUUUUGUCGGUCUGGAGUCAAGGAACUGUGUUUCUAAAAGGAUAUUUAAAAGUGAUAAAAUCAAAAAGAUAUAACUGGUGACACAGACACUGGAAUUUCAUUAAAAUACACGAUUCUGAAACAAAUGGUACUAAAAGAUAAAAUGUGAAAUACUUGACUUUAACUCGGUAUCAUGUCGACGGAGGAAGAGAGGUACUUUUCUGGGGAAUCCUAUGGAGAUUCCGUGGGGGAGCGGAUCCAGAGACGAGCCUACAGGGAACAGUAUGGAUCCGCGGGACCGGGGUCACGUGACGUAGGGGUACAGAUGAAAACUCACUACAUCCUCGAGCCAAAUCGAUACUUCUCAAAAGUUCGAGAUGUCGGAACACAGACAAGAGAGAAUGUUAAUAAAGUUAUUUAUAACCCUCGGAUUCUGUCGAGUUCUUAUACAGAAAAGGUAAGGCAGAAACGGUCGGAGAAGGACUUCUCGUUUGUUUACAAUCACCAGAAGCAUGAAUUGUUUCGAAUACGAAAGAGAAAGACAUCGGAUCUUGAUAAUAAAUCAGAGACUAGUACCUCCGACAGGUAUUCUACAGCAUCCUCUUACGAGUCCACUGAAACUUAUGGCGAUGACUCGGAGAGAUUCUCGUUUGAUAUUGAAGAGUACUAUGAUGAAUCUAGAGAAACUCGAACGGUGGCUGUACAAAUGAGUACGAAGUAUCUAGUUCAGGAAUCACGGCCGAAAGCCAUUGUCAGGGAUGUAGCAAUUCAAACCAAACUUCCGCCGCUGUAUGCGCCCUCUGGGAGUGAAAUGAUAGAACGUCUCUGGAAUAGCAGACUGCCAUUGUCCAAAAAUGUCACGUGCUCUCUUCCGCCAUAUUUGGGUCAGGAAAAUGAAAUUUCAGGGUCAACAAGCUACAGGUCUCUAAAACGGAUGGAGAAGGUCGUCCCCGAAUUCAAUCGAAUCCAAAAAGUAAAUGAAAGACUUCGCCAAAAAGACAAUGCUAAAUAUUAUGAUACUGCUUCUGAUGGAAAUGUUCUUUACUGGUUCAACAACAGAGAGGGGAAAACAUCUAGCAAAGACUGGAAUAAACAAAGGGAUUCAGGAGAUAAGGAAUUAAAACGCAAGAAACUCCAAAACGAAAGAGAAAAAUCAAAAGGAAGUUAUGGAGGAAGAUGUAAGAGCUAUUCUUCCCGAAGCAUGUCUAGUAGAUCAUCAGAUUGCCGAAAUCAGAAAGAGGAAAACAACAGAAAUAGAGAAGAAACUUUCGAACUCGCAUCUUUCGAAUAUCUAGGAGGAGAGCAAUCGUCAUUUCGCGUAAAAAGUGAAAUGUCUUCAAUAGGUAUUCAGACUGAAAGAGAAGAUAAAAGUUCCAAGUUGUUCCGAAAACCAAAAACCAAACCUGAGAGUGAAUGGACUUCGGACCUUCAACCAGCAACAAAUGACACGCGCAAGCUUUGCUCCAGGAACAGCGAGACAAGUCUAGAGAUUUUGUACCCUUCACCUUGUCUUACAAAAGAAAAAGAAUAUGUUUAUGCAAGAAAACGCAAUCCAGCGCCACUGGAAAUUAUUAAAAGCAGUAAUUUUCCUUAUAAACCGGAAGAUGAAGUUAUAUACACAGAAUCUAAAUCCCAGACGGAAAAUUCCCCGAGAAACACGAGGACGAGAGAGGAUUCCGUACACUGUUUAGAAAUCGGCUCCGAGCCCGACGUUAUUCCAGCCGAGUUUGUUGAGAAACCCGUAAUAAAACCACGUGUUCGUAAACCAAAGCCACCUCCGCCUCCGGACGUCGUAAUCCGCGUGGGUGGAGGGUGGAUGAAGGAAGAGCAUCACCGGAUACAGCACCGCCCCCUACACCGGAAGUUCCAACCCACAGCGGACCGGAUCCCGUUUGUUCGAUCACAAUUCCAUUACAGUGCCUCUAAAACUCCGGUAGUGAACAGAGAACGGAAGCAAACGGACAAAAUCCGAUAUGCUUCUUUUAUCCCUUGAAAUAAACAUUGAACUUAUUCUACUGAACUGAAUCUAAUUUAUAGAAAGAAAUACU